AUGUCAAGCAAUUUCGUGGAGGGGGUUGACCUCCAGGACCUUGUCUCUCUUACUCAGUCUGAGGCGUUGCAUCGUUGCCUGGAUGGUUUGCUAACAACCGGUUUGCAAGCAACUGAGGUCGGUCGUGCGCGCCGGUUGGUGCAGCGCAUUUUAUACCAUCGUAAUCAAGGUGAUAAAGUGUUUCUUUCCUACACUUCCAAUCUAAUCUCAUCCGGCCUGCGGGAUACCUUUAUGGUUCUGGCGAAAGAAAAGCUUGUGGAUGCGUUCAUCUCCUCCGCUGGGGGCAUCGAAGAGGACGUCAUCAAGUGCUUUGGUAAGACCUAUGUCGGGAUGUUCUCGUUGGACGGUAAGAUGCUUCGAAAGCAAGGACUUAAUCGGGUUGGAAAUUUGCUCAUUCCAAACGAUAACUACUGCCACUUUGAGGAGUUUCUCAUGCCCGUCUUAAAGUCAACGCUGGAGAUGCAAAAAGAAUCCCUCUGGGCUGCGCAUACCGCGCCUUCAGACUUCAUAGCGGCAAUGGGCCGCGCCUUAGAGGUUCACGCGCCGCAGUCAGAAUGUGAAACGAGUCUGGUGUAUUGGUGCUAUAAAAAUAACAUUCCGAUGUUUUCUCCUGCCCUCACCGACGGAUCCAUCGGGGAUAUGAUUUAUUUCUUCAGCUUUAAGGAGAGUGGUUUGAUCGUAGAUCCGAUUAAAGAUGUGGUGAAGCUUCGCUCCCUUUGCGCUUCCAACGUAACCCCUGGCGGGAAGAAUCAUGGCAUCAUCUUAGGCGCUGGUCUCCCUAAAAAUCAUCUCCUUAGAAACAUCAAACUAGAUUGUAUGGUGGUGGUAACGACGGGGUUGGAGGCGGAUGGCUGCGCGAGCUCCUGUACGGUAGCCGACGACGUCUACUGCGGGUUAAUUAAAGAGGACUGUGAAGUAGUGCGUGUGCAAGGUGACGCCACGCUACUAUUUCCAAUGAUGCUUGUUACGGAAGCGAAGACGUCCGCCUUGCCUUGA